AUGGCGCUGGACGUGCGGCGGCUGGAGGCGCUGAGCCUGCAGGAGCUCAGCGCGCUGCUGGACGACGAGGAGCAGCUACAGGACAUGGCCCGCGAGAUGGAAGAGGCCCAAAAUGUUCAACACAGCAAGGACAUGACACUUGCCAGCAACCGCAGUCUGGCAGAAGGCAAUCUUUUGUACCAGCCAAAGUUGGAGUCUUUGAAAUCAAAUUUGACUGAAAAAUACCGAGAGCUGCAAGUUCUUUUUGAAGCAUACCAGAUAAAGAAAACAAAACUAGACAGACAAUCCAGUAAUGCUUCGCUGGAGACACUGCUAGCGCUGCUUCAGACAGAGGGGGCUAAAAUUGAGGAAGACACAGAGAAUAUGGCGGAAAAAUUUCUUGAUGGUGAAAUACCACUGGAUUCCUUCAUUGAUGAGUACCAGAGCAAGCGUAAACUGGCUCACCUGCGACGUGUAAAAAUUGAGAAGCUCCAAGAAAUGGUGCUGAAGGGACAGAGACUUCCGCAGGUUCAGCCGCAGGCUCAGCCAAGAGCACCCGAGACAACACCAGCACCUCAAGAUUCCUACACUUCGGAUGCAAACGCUCCUCCAUCAGUUGUGCCCCGACGAAUACCACCCCCUCCACCUUCUUCAGUCCCAGCAGGACGCUUUCCUACUCCGUUUACUGCAGCCAUGAGUUCAGGACCAGCUCUUGCUUAUCCAGGUGCUCCGUAUCCUCCUCUCCCUCCUCGACCAGGAGUUCAGUCUGCAAGUCAAAUGCCACAGCCAGGAUACCCAUCUCAGUUUGUACCACAAUAUCCUCCAGCUCUUCCCCAAAGACCACCUCGCCUUCCACCACAUCCUGGCUUUAUCCUCCAGUGAAUAUUUUGGUGCGCCUAACUUAUGUAAUGGUGCUUAUAUUUCCUUUUUCUCCCCAUCAGAGACUUAAUGUAGGCAAUGGAAGGCCUCUGUUUUUUGCACAAUGGAGUACAAAAUCCGAGCUGUGGCACAGAGGUUUGCAAUUGCGUUUGGUAAAUGUGAUUAUUUUUGUUUUCAAAUAUCAGUGACAACAAGGUUUUUCUAGGAAGGUGAUAGGGUCUAAAUUUUGUAAAUCCAUCAAAUUGUGAAACAACAUACAGUGGAUUUCCUGACAUUACAAAUCAAACCACGCUCUGAAUUCUUUAGUGAUGGUAAAUCAGCAUCCUCUUCUGUUCUGAUGUAUUCCCAUCACAGCUGGAUGUAUGUGUGGCAAACUGGGAGCUAUUUGUCUCUCUAAAGAAUUCUCUAUCAGUGCCAGUGUUUGGAUAGUAACAACUGUGUCUGAAUACUGGGCCAAGAGUUGCAAUGGGCCACAUCAGCAUCCUUUGCAGUGUGCCUGGACAACAGCAUUUGUGGCCAGGUGCACAAUGUUUUCAGAGCUCGCUGAGCUGAAACUCUUGUCAGAAAAUGUUCUGUGGUUUUUAGACAGUAAAAGUUAAGAGUUUCAUUUCUACAUUUCAGUUGUUACCUUAGACUUUUCAUAAUAAAAGUACACACUCCUCCCACUCCUGAAUAGCUUCAUAUCCUGAAAGUCCUGGUCUCUUGAAAUUAAACUAAACUGUUUGUAGAGCCAGUUUAGAGUUUUAUAGAAACUUUACCAGGCAUUUUUACUUCCUUGCCUGUUAAGACUCUUUCUUAGUUUUGUUUUUCUUUUCCACACCUUGGAUACAGAAGUGAUUUUUAUUUUUUUUUUUUACACAGGUGCUUAGCUUUUGAUAUCAUGUGAUUCCAGGAAUCUAGGCAGGGUAUUUUCUUAAUCAAAUACUGGGUUUUCACAUCAUGUAAUUGCCCACUUGAAGCUCCGCAGUUUCAUUUUAUCCCUCAAACUCAGUCUCUCGCUUGGCAGAACUCUUUUUAACUUUCCCAUUUCCUUCAGUUUUGCAGUUUUUGGCAUGUGUACCUAUCUGGAAUUUGCAGUUAACGUUUCUCUGCAAGCAGGCAAAACAGAAAAGUUUUUUGAACUCCAUGGUGGCUGUUUGCAUCUUAUAUAAUCCAUUCUUGACUUCUGAUGCCACUGGAGGGGGAGGCUUUUUAGGGAAGCUCAGAUUUCAUUCUCAAUGUGACUCUUGAAGCCUAAGGUGCAGACACAUGCUGGUAUUUUAAUCUAGCGUUGGGGGAGGCAAAUCUUAACACUUGUUGCUUGCGGAGAAUGUGUCUGUAAAUUCAUUAUCAAUUUCUCACAUCCACAAACAACUUUCAGCCAGUUAAUGGUAAUUUAAGAAACAGUCCAGAAUCUGUCAUAGCCCCUGCAUUAUUUCAAAACAUUUUCAUAUCAUUACCCUGGAAUGCACUACAUUGUUUGGAAGUCUGUACUACAAACAGCAUCAGUCAAAAUAGAAUAUCUAUUUUUUUUCUUUACGUAAGGCCCUUGACUGUCCCUUAAUCAUUUCCUCCGGAGUAUGGUGGUUGCUAGCAAAUACUAAUCUGAAAUUUAGCUCAUAACAGGAAGCUCUCUAUUCUGAAAAUAUGAUUAUUUGGCUUGUUUUGCCUUCUGAAGGCAAAGGGCAGAAGGUUGGUCAGUGUUACUGGCAUCUGAACCAAUUCCCCAGUGUAAGUCUGGAAAGUUCUAUAGAUGGGGGAUUUUGUGAAGCAAUGUGCAUUGGAUUUGUUUGCAAAGUGUGUUUUUUCUGUAAUCUAGUGAUGGUACAGGAUGUGUUUUUUUUUUUUAAAUAGUGUAAUAUCUUUUCUUGGUAUUAUUUUCUCACUGAAGCUUUGUAUAAGCAUGGUUAAUUAUGACUUGUUUCAAAGUAACUUUGCUGUGCUAUUAGUGCUGGUAUUUGGAUGGCAACUGUUGUAUCUGAAUGCUAAACAUAAGUCUGCUGUAGAAAUGAUUUGUGUCCUAGAAAGAAUUAAAGUGGGUGGGGGCUACCAGGAUGGUGACUGAGUACAGAAAUUCGUACUUAGAGCCUGCUACACAAAAACUCUAAAAAACUCUCAAAUUAGUUUUGCUAACAUUUAAUAAAAACAACCAGGUAUCUUUUACACUUAUCAAGUGCCAACUUUUUUUCCGAGGGCUGAAAAUCCUCAGAAUGAUGGAGGUGAUAGAUAAGUGUAUUGUGAAUUUGCACUGCAUUUUAUGUAUCUAACUUUAUUGGUAUUAGUAGUCAAAAAAUAUUUUUACUACUUGUUAAAUUUUCUGUCUUUUGGUAACUUUUGUGAUAAGAUGACCUUUCAGGGAUACUUUAUCUAGAAACAAACUCUUGUGCAAACUAAAUACAGACAAAGCUAAUGCAAUCUUUCUGUCUGAAAGCAAAACAAUGCAUUAUUGCAUAUGCAUGUGGCUGAUGUGCCUUAGGAUCACUACUUGUGAUUGUCAUACUAGGAUAUUAGCAUUUUUAUCGUUUGAAUGGCCAUUGCUUAACUCGAAUUUAAGGGCUCUUCAAGAGCACUUUCUUUUACAAAAAAACUCACCCUCAUACUUCAGAAAAAACAAAGGCUGUAUCUGCUAUUUGUAAGCUUAAAAGUUGCCUUCACUGAUGGAUUAAGUUUGAACAUAGGUAAUGUAACUGAUGUGACGUUUCAGUUAUAGCAAUCUCAUAACUGAAAUCCAGCUGCUCGUGGAAGACAUUUUGCCAUUAAUUGUGUGUGUGCGCACAAACUGUAAAUAUAUACUUGACUGCUGGUAAUGUUUAAAGGUAAAGGAGAAAGGUGACUGUGGAAAGCUGUUUAAAUCCUUUCAGAAACAAACGUUACAAAACACUAACCUGAAUGAUUCGGGCAAGAGGUGCGUCAGUGCUUUCGACCUGUUGCCCUUUGACAGCUUCUCCUGUUCUGUUAUAGCUAAUAAAUAAAUUCUGCUAUGGCUAGGAUAUUUAGAAUCAUACUAAUUUGCACUGUUUAUAAGAUAGUGAGAUUAAAAUGCCAUAGGCAAGCUGAGACUUGAGAGGGGGGCUUGCCAAAAAAUAUAUAUAUAUAUUAUGUUGUCUUGAGGAUUUUUAAUGUCUGCUGCAAAUAGCAUAUACUUCCCCAAAGCAAUUGGAGUGGAGGAAAAUCUUUUAAAUAUGAUGUGUAACACGGCUUUAGAGUGUUGGUAGCGUUGAAAAUGCUCUCUUUGGAUGGCAUUACUUUUGCCAGUCUUUUGUAUGCAGUUUUGUAAGUUAUGACUAAUUCAGUUGUAAGUGCUUAGGUUGAUUGAUGAUCAGCAUUAGACGGUUCUAACUGAAGGGUGAGUUUCACUGCGCUUCAGUGCUGUCUUCUAGAGGAAGUGGAGUCAGUUGUUCCAGCACAGCUGAUCCACACAGGUCACCUCCGUACCAGGGACCGUGGAGGGACUAUAUAAAAUAUAAUUUCAUGUAGUGCCAGGAGGCAGAGCCCUGGGCACGGUCUGGUCAUGGGUAACAGUUACGUUUAGUGCCCCAACUUCCACAACCUCAGUCUUGACCUCUUUUGGGACUUCUCUGCCCUCUCAAACUGGAAUAAUGACUUAGAUACAGAGCUCAAAUCAACAAUUCCUUUAGCCUGAAUAUAGAGCCACAUGGCCUGCGUUGAGUUCUGAGGAGGCAGAGUCGUACUGCGCCUGAACAGUUCCUCUGUGUAAUCCUGGACAGUCUAAUAAAGGGGCAAUUUUAUAUGCCUAGCAAGUUGUGAAACGUACAGUGGAUUUGUUUGCAUAAUAAGUCUUUCUGUAAUCUACUGUGGUCUGAUUUUAAA